CAUAGCAUGGAUAUCAAAGCGUUACACUUUGGAUAUCUGAUUUCAAAAGAAACAUUUUCUGUGCUCUGGAAACCGGAAGAAGGUGUUUCUGUUGGGUUUGAUUUGAGAAAGAGAAAGUGGUUCUUCUUUCUUUCUGAUCUCUCUGAAGAAUACAAGCUUGAAAUCUCCUCCGACAGCAUUUUGCAGAUUAAGCUACAUCAACCACAUGGCCAAGCUUCAAAGUUUCUUCUCAUUCAGUUGCUUGGUGCUCCUAAGAUUCAUAAGAAAGAUGUCUCUUGUGCUCGUGGAGGUUACCAGUGGUUCCGGGAAGUUGAUUUCACUCCCUUUUGUGGCAUUGGCCAAUCUUCUGCUCUAUGUUUGGAGCUUCCACUUGAGUGUCAGCUUCCAAAAUUUCUGCUUUAUGAAGAGAAUGAAGGCCAAUUUGUUCUGCAGGAAGGGUCUAAUUUCUCCUGCAAUUCAGGUCUUGUCCCCAUUGUGAAUCCACCCCCGGGCUUCAACUUGCCAUAUAAAAUCUUGUUCAAGAUCAACUCCUUAGUUCAGAAUGGGUGUCUUCCUGGGCCAGCAAUUGAUAUCAAUUUUUGUCGGUUGGUCGAUCCUACAAGAAUAAAACUUGAGUAUAUAGAAAGUGCCUUGGACAAACUGUAUCAUUUAAAAGACUGCUGCUAUGAGCCUGUAAGGUGGCUUAGUGAGCAGUAUAAAAGAUACGCCACGGAUGGGCGACUUCCAACACCUCCUGCAAUAUCUUUAGAUGACGGGUUGGUAUAUGUACACAGGGUUCAAAUAACUCCUUCUAAAGUAUAUUUCCGUGGUCCAGAGGUGAGUCUCUCCAAUCGCAUCUUGCGCAAUUAUCCUGAAGAUAUUGAUAAUUUUCUUCGCGUUUCUUUUGUCGAUGAGGACUUGGAUAAACUGCACUCGACAGUUUUAUCUCCUCGAGCAUCUUCUGCGAAUGAGGACGACAAGCGCACUAGCAUUUAUGAGAGGAUACUGUCCACUCUAAGAAACGGCAUAGUUAUUGGUGAUAAGAAGUUUGAGUUUCUUGCCUUUUCAAACAGUCAAUUACGCGAAAAUUCUCUUUGGAUGUUUGCUUCAAGAACUGGUCUUACUGCAGCAGACAUCAGAGAGUGGAUGGGUGAUUUUCGUGAAAUAAGGAAUGUCGCAAAAUAUGCUGCCAGACUUGGUCAAUCGUUUAGCUCCUCCAGGAAAACUAUGCACGUUGGUAGGCACGAAAUUGAGAUGAUUCCUGAUGUAGAAGCUAAAAGAUCUGGAAUCACAUAUUGUUUCUUCUCUGAUGGCAUAGGGAAGAUAUCUGCAGAAUUGGCUCGCGAAGUGGCUUCAAAAUGUGGCUGCAGAAAUUCUGUUCCAUCUGCAUUUCAGAUUCGAUACGGUGGGUUUAAAGGUGUUGUUGCUGUUGAUCCAACAUCAUCGAUUAAGCUGUCACUGAGAAAGAGCAUGUGCAAGUACAAUUCACAGAAUACUACCCUGGAUGUUUUGACAUGGAGCAAGUAUCAACCUUGUUUUCUUAAUCACCAAAUUAUCACUCUUUUAUCUUACCUCGGGGUUAAGGAUAAAGUUUUCAUAAAGAAGCAAAGGGAGACAAUAGAUCAACUGAAUGCUAUAUUAACAGAUUCGUUGAUCGCACGGGAGGCACUGGAGUUUAUGUUCCCAGGAGAGAUACCAACCAUGCUAAAGGAAAUGCUAGCUGCUGGUUACAAGCCAAAUGAAGAACCAUUUCUUUUUAUGAUGCUACAAGUAUUACGUGCAUCUACAUUGAUGGACUUGCGGUACAAAUCAAGGAUAUAUAUUCCAAAUGGAAGAUCUAUGAUGGGAUGUCUUGAUGAAACCGGGACAUUGGAGUAUGGUCAAAUAUUUGUGCAGAUUUCUCGUUUUAGUAAGCAGCUCGGUAGCAAUUCCUCGCUCAAGUUCAGUCCCAGCAGUUCAGACCCAAAUAAUUAUAUUUUUGAGGGCAACGUAGUUGUUGCUAAAAACCCUUGUCUCUAUCCAGGAGAUGUGCGUGUUCUAAGGGCUGUUAAUGUGCCAGCUUUGCAGCACAUGGGUGAUUGUGUUGUUUUUCCGCAAAAAGGACCGAGACCUCACCCAAAUGAAUGUUCGGGGAGUGAUUUGGAUGGAGAUACAUACUUUGUCUGUUGGGACCCUGCUCUUAUUCCUUCUCAACAAAUUAAACCAAUGGAUUACAGCCCAGCACCAACUGUGCUAGUCGAUCAUGAUGUUACAAUAGAGGAAGUUCAAGACUAUUUCCCCAAGUACAUGGUCAAUGACAAUUUAGGAAUCAUUGAUAAUGCCCACAAGGUCUUUGCAGAUAUGGAGCCUCGUAAGGCAAUGAGUGGUAAAUGCAUUAAGCUUGCAAAGCUACACUCAAUUGCUGUUGACUGCCCAAAGAGUGGUGUGGUAGUCGAAGUACCAUUUAAUCUGCGCCCCAAAAUAUAUCCAGAUUUCAUGGAAAAGCCUGAUAAACGCACCUAUGAAUCACAAUCUGUGAUCGGAAAGCUUUUUCGAGAAGUGAUAGACAUUGCAUCUUGCACUAGCCCUAUAAAUCCCUUCACCCGAGAAGUAGCAGAGCAAUGUUAUGAUUCCGACAUGGAAGUAGAUGGCUUUGAGGACUACAUCAGUGAUGCUUUCGAUUACAAAAAUGAAUAUGAUUCCAAGUUGGGAAAUUUAAUGGACUAUUAUGGGAUCGAAGCAGAAGCUGAAAUACUCAAUGGCAACAUCUUAAAAAUGUCAAAAUGUUUCAGUAAGAGGAGGGAUAUGGAAGCAAUUAAUUAUGCGGUGAAGUCCUUGAGAAAGGAAGCUAGGACCUGGUUCAACAAGGGUUUUAGUGACUCAGAUUCUGACUCUGAUGUUGUAUAUGCAAAAGCUUCAGCCUGGUAUCAUGUUACCUAUCAUUAUAGGUAUUGGGGUCCCUACAAUGAGGGAAUGCACCGAGCUCAUUUCCUUAGUUUUCCAUGGUGCAUUGGAGACAAGCUGAUCCAGAUCAAGAGGAAGGCUUCACGUAUGUCAUUUCUGGAGCAUCAUUUCAGCCAUGGAUUGAAUUUGGAUUGAGAAGUUUAGCAUUGCAUUUCAAAAACGCUAUAGUCUCAGUAAACUGAGUAUGUGAUCAUGAAAACAGUUAGAUGUGGCUUUCAUUUUACAUUUGCUUACUAUCAUUAGUAUAUGUUUGACCUAGAUAUAUAUGCUCCAGCUGAUGUUUGGGGCCAGAAUACGUUGUAAUUUCUGUUUUAUAAUAGAUGCGUGGUUUGUAUUCUUCAA